GUGCUAGCAAAGCUUUAAGUUUAGAACCCUCAUCUGCGGAUCACUCAUCACUCGAAUGGCUGUUCAAUUUUCUGGGGCGUGCUUACCAAAUUCCUUGUCAAAUCUUUGCUCUCUGCAACAACGCCCUCCUAAUGGUCGAAAUUUAUUAGCAGCUUUUGCCUCUACUCAUCUGCAAUCCUCAACAACCAUUCAAAUUGUUGGUGGAAGUGCAACUCGAUACAGACAUGCAAAUGAUACAAGCGUACUUGACUCUACAAAGGUCGAGGAUAAUUGGUUUGAUUUGGAAACCGAUCUUUAUCACUGGACGAAGUCGGUGCGUCCUGUUCAGUGGUAUCCUGGUCACAUAGCCAAAACCGAAAAAGAGCUGAAAGAGCAACUCAAACUGAUGGAUGUUGUGGUCGAGGUACGAGAUGCUAGGAUUCCGAUGUCAACAAGUCACCCCCAGAUGGACCUAUGGAUUGGUAAUCGCAAAAGAAUUCUAGUUCUGAACAGAGAAGAUAUGAUAUCCACUGCAGACCGAAAUGCUUGGGCAGCCUAUUAUGCAAAGCAGGGAAUAAGGGUUGUUUUUGCGAAUGGCCAACUCGGAAUGGGCAGCAUGAAAUUGAGUCGUUUGGCAAAAUCACUUGCUGUUGAUGUGAAUAUUAAACGGAGGGCCAGGGGGCUCCUUCCUCGUCCUGUUCGGGCUGGAGUUGUGGGGUACCCCAACGUUGGUAAAUCAUCGUUGAUUAAUCGCUUAUUGAAACGUCGAAUGUGUCCGGCAGCUCCUCGACCAGGUGUUACACGGCAACUGAAGUGGGUUCGGUUCGGAAAGGACCUAGAACUCUUGGACUCUCCUGGUAUAAUCCCGAUGAGAAUCAGUGAUCAGUCGGCUGCUAUAAAGCUUGCGAUUUGUGAUGAUAUUGGUGAGAGAUCAUACGAUGUUGCUGAUGUAGCGGCAAUUCUUGUGCAAAUGCUGGCAAGGAUACCAUCAAUAGGUACAAAAGCUCUUUACAAUCGGUACAGGAUUGAGACAGAAGGCCAAUCUGGUCAAAUAUUUGUUCAUAAGCUCGCCCUCAAACUAUUCGGUGGGGAUGUCCACCAGGCGGCAUUUCGCAUCCUUACGGACUUCAGGAAGGGUAAAUUUGGCUGGUUCUCUCUUGAAAGGCCUCCAAGGUAGAACAGCAACAGUGAAACUGAUCAGAAAGCAGAAGCGAGCGUCACACGCGUAAAACUUAUUGAUCCAACUUAUAGCACGCAAUGCGCAUUCAACAGCAGAUGGAAGAUCGACAUACCGAUCUGCUGGGCGCCAUUCGGCUAAGAAAAUCGUGUCAUAGGACAGGCUAUCGGAUGCUUUACCAUGAUUCAGUUUGUUCGGCAUCAGCCUUGCCAUGGCUUAGGAUUUACGAAUGAUUUGCUCAACUGUAUUAAACAUAUUGUAUGUUACGGUAUAGUGGCUGCGUCCUGUAUGGUGUGAGAGAAUUAUUGGAAGAAUGUUCUAGAAGUAGAUUACUAGUACAAGUCGUCGUCUCUUGAGAGGCCGUCUCUCGGGUCCAGCCCACUAAACUUAAUGUCACUUACAUCAUUUUUAAUGUCUACUUAUCGUAUCCUUAAUACCUAUUUAUAAUAUUUCAAAAAAUAUAUAAUGGGCUGGCUCAAUUAGAGAUGAUUUCUCACAAGAAUUUAUGUUACUAGUAUGUUAAAAGUAGUUAUGAGAAAGCUCUGCCCUCUUCUAGUUUCA